UUCAACUCCAGCUAAGCGCGGAAAGCGUGGGAGAGGUGUAUAUAAAGAGCACCAAGUCUGGGCAGUACCUGGCGAUGGACACCAACGGGCUGCUCUACGGCUCGCAGUUACUGGGUGAGGAGUGCCUGUUCCUUGAAAGAAUCGAAGAAAACCAUUACAACACGUACGUCUCCAAAAAGCACGCGGAUAAGAACUGGUUUGUUGGUCUGAAGAAGAAUGGGAGAAGCAAACUGGGGCCGCGGACUCACUAUGGCCAGAAGGCGAUCCUCUUCCUCCCGCUGCCCGUCUCGGCCGACUAA